UCGACAACGCCCCAUUGAACUGUUGCAGACUUCUGAAAACGGGCAACAAAAUGCGCACCAAGAGGCAACAGACCGAAGUGCCCUCCACCAGAAGGAUUCUGCGGAGCUACAGGAACGAGCCUGCUGUGCCCAUGGAAACCUCCUCCUCCUCCUCUUCCUCUGACGACAGCUGUGAUAGCUUUGGCUCCGAUGGCUUUGCCAACACGAAGAGAAACAUGAGGCAGACCAGAAGCAUGGCCAAGGCGUUCGAGUCUGGGUCGUCAGAGGAGGAGACGCGCAGUGGAUUUGACCAGAGUCAUCUCAGCAGUGACAUGAAAGCCAUGAAAAUGGAGUCGGAUUCUGAAUCUACAGAGUCUCCUUCUGCUCGCCGGCCGUUCACUCUCAGAGUGGCUAUGAAAUUCCCCAAAAAGAGAACCAAUCAGAAGGCACCGCGGCCCAAGCCCUCACAGCCAAUCGGUGACGCCAAUUCUGACUCAGAGGAAGCAGAAGACUUCAUGAUCAAGAGAGCGCUCAACAUUAAGGAGAACAAAGCCAUGCUUGCGAAGCUGAUGGCAGAGCUGAGUAAGGUGCCUGGUCUUCCUCCCAGACGACAGUCUCUCCCCGCAGCCAGCACAAUUCACCGUACUCCUACUCGACGCUCUCUGGGGACUCCUAGAACCCUCAGGAAGAAUCCGGAACGAUCAGCACGGCCCCACACGCGCUCCCGUUCCCUUAUCGAUGGACCCCCCUCUCCUCCUCCUGAGGAGGAGUCUGAGGACAAGUUUAGCCUGGUGCGCAGGAGCCGUUACUAUGAGGAGGAGGAUGAACCUAGGGCCCCGCGUCGGCGCAGUUAUAACGGGGUCAUGGCCAUUCCACACGUGGUCCGUCCUGUGGAGGAGAUCACUCAGGCAGAACUGGACAACAUCUGUAACAACGUCCGCGAGAAAGUCUACAACAGCUCCACUGGCUCGACCUGUCACCAGUGCCGUCAGAAAACCAUCGACACCAAGACCAACUGCAGGAACCCAGAGUGUGUGGGGGUCAGAGGUCAGUUUUGUGGACCGUGCCUUCGGAACCGCUACGGGGAGGAAGUCCAUGACGCGCUGUUGAACCCGGAGUGGCACUGCCCACCAUGCAGGGGCAUCUGUAACUGUAGUUUCUGUCGGGCCAGAGAGGGGCGCUGUGCCACUGGAGUGCUGGUUUACCUGGCCAAGUACCACGGCUACGACAACGUCCACGCCUACCUGAAAAGUCUGAAGGAGGAGCUGGAGGCGAACAAGUAG